GCAAAAUGGCGCAUAUUAUCAAAUGUUGACAUCGAGAACUUCUCCUUGAGGAGAAAAUAGAUUGGUUUCACGUAGUUUCUCUUAGAUUUACAGCCAGCGACGCUACAUAAGGAAAAAAGAGACAAUGUAUAACUCUUGUAUGGUCCACAGCGUCGUCGGAGCAGCGCUCUUGCGAAGUGUUUUCCGACUGAAUUUGAAUUCAACACAUGCAGUUGCCGGCAGAGUUGUUUUUCGCCAAGGAAAGUCAGAUGGAAGCUGCUGCAGACAAGCGCACAGCGAGGCAGGAUCGAAGAAAUUCGUGUGUUACAGCCUCCCUCACAGGACUCUCAUUAAAGUUCAAGGACAAGACACUGGCUCCUUCCUACAAGGUCUCAUAACCAACGACAUCGAACUGUUGACUGAAGCCAAUCAACCGGCACUCUAUGCGCACCUGUUAAACGUUCAAGGAAGGACGCUUUUUGAUAUAAUCAUUUACAGUUUGAAGGAACAGAAGGAAGGAGAUACCAGCCUCCUGUUGGAGUGCGAUAGCACAGCCAAGGACUCCAUUCAGAAACACCUGAAGGUGUACAAGAUCCGCCGGAAGGUGGCCGUCAGCUUCUGUCCGGACCUCUCUCUAUGGGCCGUGCUGCCCCAGGACAGAGAGGGGGUUAGGAGGGGGGAGUGCCCGGAGCUCACGGCCCCUGAGAAAGCGCUGGUGUGGACGGCGGACCCUAGAGCUGAGGCUAUGGGCUGGAGACUGGUAGCAGAAAAUCAAGUUAACCCACUGGAGGUGAUUGGAGACAGCCAGCAGGGGGAGACAGAGGACUACCACAGGCAUCGCUACACAAUAGGACUGCCAGAGGGGGUGAAGGACCUGCCGCCCGGAGUGGCCCUUCCCCUGGAGUCCAACCUGGUCUACAUGCAGGGCAUCAGCUUCUCCAAGGGCUGCUACAUCGGCCAGGAGCUGACGGCCAGGACUCACCACACCGGUGUGGUGCGCAAGAGGCUGAUGCCCGUGCGCCUGUCGGCCCCAGCCCAGGGCCCGGAGGAGGGGGCAGACCUGCUAACCGAGGCGGGCAAGCCGGCCGGGAAGCACCGGGCGAGCCUGGGGGACCUGGGCCUCAGCCUGGUCCGUCUGGCUCAUGCCAGAGACACGCUUCUCCUGAAGCCCUCCGAGGAUACCGCCGUGACUCUAAAGGCCUCGGUGCCAGACUGGUGGCCCAAGGAUGCCAAAGUGAAAUGAGCAAGGCCAUGUAGCAAGCUUUUCUGUGCAGAAAACACACUGCAGCCCCACUGCUCCCUGAUCUUAAAAGAUAAGCACUUCAUCUGGGUCUCGCAUUUUUUUCUGGGCUUGCUUGUCAAAACUACAUUUUUAUCAUCCAUCCACAAGGUGGCAAUCAAGUAAAAUUUCUCUCCAUGCUUGGCUUGAGAUGUAGUCAUCCCUAUUCCAUCCCCAUCAGUUUAGACGAAAAUUAAAAAAUCAGCCCAUUAAAAUAUCAGUCUUACUAGGAAGCUAAAGAGUGGUGGUUUGCAGUGCGUUUUAAUUCAACACUAAAUUGUUUUAAGAUCUGUCUUCUUCGUGGCACUCAAUUUAGUGUAACACCCUGUUCAUUUGUUGCUUUCUGCAUUCUACUUCUGAUAUAAUUCAUUGAAACACAUAAAGUUUUUGUGUUAUCCAAAAAGUAGGCCUAAUUCCGAAAUUCCAGACAGUACUCAGUGGUCAGUAGAUCUUACAAACAAACAUAGGAGAAAAGGAGGGACAUUUUUACAGUAUGUAAACUGGACAGUAGCUCAAUUAUUAAGGUCACUGAUGUCAAAAUACUUUUCUUGAGCUGUAUCACAGCCAUUAGAAGCACUUUUCCAGGACACCUAACAGCAUUAUGUACAACAUUACAUUAUACAUGUUGAAGAACUCAUUUAUACUGACAGUUGUCAAAAAUUCAAGGCCUGGUUUGUAUGGUGUCAGAAUUCACCAGAUCCUCUCAGAAGGAGUGUAUUUGGGUUUAUCUAGAAUUUUGUGCCUGCGUGAUACAUAGAAACAAAUUAGUCCCUCCCAGUCUCCUAACCGGGUGUGUAUACUCAGGUAUGGUUAAAUGGAAUUAUUGAAUUUUGCAUAUGAAAUUCCAAGGUAGCCUUUGACAUAAGUGAAAGAAUGCUUACACGCACAAGCACUGGUUUGCACUUGUUAGAGAUGAAAUUACUGAAGUAUGCACUUAACUGUAUGAAGCUAUAUUACUAUUCAUGUUACAUGAUAACUAGGGUGCUACCAUAUCCUCUCCACUUGGAUACAAUAAAACAUUCAUGUUUGUUGAGAUUUAAGCUUGUAGCAAUGUAGGUUUAUUAUGAGCUGUGUGUCUAUGGGACAUUUCAAAUCUAAUCAGGUCUGGCCUACUGAUUUUUUAGGCCUUCUUUAGGCCUGUAAAUUUUAAAAAUCCUGGCAUUUCUACACAUGAAUGCUGGAUUAUGAGCAUGUGAACCAUCUGAAAUCAUUCAAUUGUGGAAAGAAAUAUGCUUCCCAUUCCUCCUCCAGGAAUAUGGUUAUCCCUUUCCCUUAGCACUUCAACUUUCGGUCCAACAUAAACGCCAAUAAUCUGGAAGGUUUUA